CAAACAAUCGUCUAUCGUAGCUGUCAACCCAAAACGCCACUAUUUGGCAAAAAGUCCUUUUUGGCUUUUCAUGGAAGGUUUUUUAAUUCAAUGGGGGUUGGAAAGGCAGCCCAGGAACACCAGUUCCUGUACCUUGCCUUUUCAGUCCAGGGGUCUGUGGAAAAAUACAGAUUUAGAGGCACCAGACUACCAAGGACUGUCUUGUUGUAUGCCUGCGGCAACUGCAAAAACCAACACAAAUUGGACUUCAACAUCAUCUAAGGACCCUUUUCUGUCCUGGAAGUUGGCACUGAUCUUUUAAAGGUACAAAUAGGAAAACAGAUAAUACAUUGAUAGAGUUCUGCUUAUGGUUGCUGGCUGAUAAUAAAACCCAGGAAGGGAGACAUCACAUUCCUUUUCUAUUGUGCACUGAAAUGUCCUCUGAAUCCCAUCACCAUGGAAUCAACAAUAACACUGAAAAGAAAAAGAGAGGACUCCUUUUAUCAACCAGAAUGUCAUGGACACAACUGGAUGAAGAUUUUCCAGCUCCAAAAGCAGUGGUAGACAACCCUCUUUCUCCUCCAUAUCUUGUGGACCACAAAGAAGAAAACUUUUGCAACUGGAUGGACUCUGGUUUCUGCUUAUCAGCAAGCAGAGAUUUACAAGAAAGCCGAAACAAAGCAGCAGCUCUUGCACCUCCCUCAGGACUGGUACAAAUGACUGUGCAAAAUUACAUGCGAUCGCUGCAUCAGUUUUCAGAAAUGCCUGUUCUCUCAAGAUGGAACAGUGUUGGCUCAUCUCAUUCUCUUUCCAGUGAACCAAAAAGUGUCACUGAAUGGUUAGAUUUCUGGGAAAAGGAUCCAGUUGAGAUUCUGCUGGAUUUGGGAUUUGGUACAGAUGAACCAGACAUCUGUACUAAAAUUCCUUCUCGGUUCAUCAGUUGUGCAUCCAUGGCUAAAGGAAUCAACAUCCGGGUCUUCAUUGAAGCUCAAAGACAGCGUGUGGAUGUAGAAAACCCCAAUUUAUGUGGGCGUUUUCGGCAAUUGCAAGUCCUGGAUCAUGUGACCAGUGCCUUUUCUUCUUUGCUGAGUGACAUCAACACCAUGCAGCAGAAGUCGGGAGAGAGAGCUGGAGAGAAGAGUACAGUGGGCUGUCCUAUGGGGAAAGCUGUGAUCACACCGGCAAAGAGGAGGAGAAUAGGUCAGCUCUUGAGAAAAGUGUCCAGGCAGACAACUAUGCAUGGCCCUCAAGCUUACAGAAAUGCUGUCACUUGUCAGGCCAAAGAAGACCAUUCUGCUGAUGAUGAUGCAGACCUACACAUGGCAAUGAGGACUGGUUUGUCUGAAAAUCUUCCCUUGAUCUGUCUAAAAGAAGAACUCUUUCCAAGUGCAAAGGAGGCAAUGACUGUGUCCCAGACGCCACGAUCCAUAGCAUGCAAACCUUGGGUGUUGCCUCACCUUCCAAUGAAACAGCCUCACCUUCCUUCAACCUCUGAGAUGUCCAAUAAAGAGAGGCCACGCAAAGAGCCCAAUGUGCUUUUGACCCAUAGGUUCAGGAGGGUAUCUAGCUUAAACUGCAAGCCUUCAGAUUCCUUUGAAAUGGAAGAGAUCCAGAGCUUUGAGGAUGAAUCUUCCUGGGGAAAUCCUCUUGAAAGCACUUCAGAUGUGAUAGUGACAAGAACAAACAGUUGCCAGUCUGACAGCAGUGGCUUUCUGGAAGAGCCUUCAGAGCCUUUACCUCUACAGGGCUUGCCUCUGCCUGGCAAUUUGAGACUUAGCUGCAAUUCCAGCGAUUGUCAAGCAUUCCUGCGACACAAGAAAGAUUCACCUCUGGUUAGUCAGGAUCUUCUGCCCACUGCAGAGGGAUCUGAUGCUAACAUAUCAAGAGCAAGUGGUAGCAAUGUUGUCUUAUUGCGCAGCCUUAGCAGAGAACACACUUUUCAAGGAGAGGAAAUAUUUUAUUCCAUAAAUGAAGAAGAUGAUCUGUAUGGAACUUGCAAUGGUCAGUCUGAAAAUACUGCCAAUGAAACACUAUGUGACAUGGAUGAGAAGGAGAUGCAGAGUAGAAGAGGGCAAUGGGAGGAAGGAGAUAGAUGUGUACAAGACUGUAUUUCACACGGUCAUACUGACAAUAUGAAUCAGAUUGAUAUUUGCCCUCCAGAAAGGAAGGGCCUCCCCUCAUGUCAUGAAAAGCACCAAAGUGCAAGUUCUGUUCCCGAAGAGGAAAGUUGCAAGGCGGUCAUUGUCCUUAGCAGUGGCCAAAUCUGUGAAGAUACAAAAGGAAGAGAAGAACCGUUGGUUGAAGGAGAGGAAGGUAGAGACAUAUGUAAAGAAGGUGUCUUGGAAAGUAUUGCUGAAUGUGUGGAAGGAAAGUGUUCUGUGAAAGGUUAUGGAAAGUUGGACUCCUCCAUUCUAGUUGCAGAAGAUGUCACAAGUGAAUGUCAGGGGAUUGGUUUAAAUGGGACAGUUAGACCUUUGGAUAUAAGCAGAGCAUCCAAGCAUGACCUUAUGCCGGCACAACCAGAGAUCAAUGUUAGUUCCAGAAGCCCUCUUCGUGAUUCCAGCCUUUCCCCUUACUGCUUUGAAAAGGGAGAAAUUAGGUCCUUGGACAUAUUAUCGCCAAGUGCAGAACUGGAUGAAGAAGGGGGUGCCCCUGGCUCUGAAAUAAAUACUAACCUCUUAAAAUCAGUCACUGUCCAGAUGCCUUCGAGACUGGUGUCAAAUAUGCGGAGCAUCUCAUUGGGUGAAACUAGUGCAAAAGGCCAGUCUCUGGAUUUCACAUCAAAGGUGUCCCAGAGCUCCAAGGAUGAGCCUCCAAUUACAUCAGUACCGGGUGCAUCAAAGGAAGAAGACACGCAAAUGAGGGAAGCUUCUAUUCAAACUGACAGAAGCCAAAGAAAGAAAGAAACUCUUGCCCUGUUUCAUUUUCGCCCUUCUUUUCAAGGGCAUGGUCAUCUUGUGAAGUCCGCAUCUCUAGAUACAGGACUUUAUGGGAAAUACAGAUCUUGCUGCCACAAGUCUGUGAAUGCCUGGUGUGCCCAGCACAGAGGUCACUGCUACCCUUUGAUUUCCCAUAACUGCUGUUUGUUGUGCUCUUUACUGUUAGCCCCUUCAGGCAAACAUCCUGUGGCAUGCUGCUCUUCUCACGCCAUCGAGCUGCAGCUUCUGAAAACUCUCAAGCUACUGCAGGACACGGCAAUGAGAAAUAUUUCAUCUUGUACAGUCCAUGAAAUUGAAGUUAUGAGGAGUUCCUGCCAGAGGUUUCGAGAACGACUGGAUGAGAUUGAACAGCACCUGGUGGAGCAAGAGGCUCUCUUUUCCAGUGCUAUGUCAAGUGAAGGACGAGAGGAAAAGAGACAGUUGCAGGUCUUGCGGCAAGCUGUUCGUCGAGAGGUUGCUGAACUGGAAGGCCAGCUCCAGGAUCGUGCUCGCCAGGUUAGGGAAGGAAUUCUAAUGCAGCUGAAUCAGCUGUUAGGCGAGCAGUCUAAACUGUGCUCCGAGCUUGGAAUUUCUGAUUGGAUGGAAGAAACAGAGGCUAAAAAUGGAGGCCCUUCCAACACUCUUCCAGAUGCUGAUGCUGCUUUCUUUUCCAGAGCUGGGUGUUCAAAGGGUAUCUGCCACAGGCAUCCAAGCAAGAGUGCAAGAGUCCCAUCAAGCUCCUCAGAAUCCUUACUCAGACAAACUGAGCUGAAGGCUUCAACUCCAGCAACCAGUGAGACCAAUUUGGGAUCAGACCCCAAGGAACUUCACACCAGUAAAAAAGAAGUCAAAGGUCCUUCUCAGCCAAAAAUAGACUUCAAAGCCUUUAUUCAGAAUCUGAAGAAAUCUUUCCGAAAUUCUUUCAGUAAUGACGCAGCAGAAGGAAAAGACUGAUGGAAGGCAUUUCUCUCACAGUGAUUCUUUCCUACAGGACGAUCUCUUGAAGCACCUCACAGAAUCCAAGAUGAUUUCCUAUAAAUGUUAAAACUGCUCUUAUGAGGGAGUAUAUCGAAAAGAGAGUUAUACUGGGGAAAGCCUGAGGAAAGUUUUAGAUUACAGAAGUAUUAUGGACAAGAGUCAAGAGGUGUGUACUGAACAAGCCAUCUUAAGAGAUGACCUUCACAGAAGGCAAUAUCUAGAUCGUAAUUUUGUUAGUGAAGAUUUUGUGGUCUUCAAUAGGGACCUUGCUGGUUCAGACCAAAGGCCCACCUACUCCAGCAUCCAGUUCUCAUAGUGCCCAACCAGGUGUCGAUGGAAUUCCUUAACCCUAUUACUUAUAGGACUGGUUCCCAAAAUAAAAGGAACCUGGAUAACUAGCCGUUAUGUGGCCUUCUCCAAAAAGGAGGUCCUCUUUGGCCUGCUGUUAGGCACAAACUUCUUGUAGGAAUUUAAUAUAGCAGACUGUCCCAGCUGUGGCACCAGAAACCUGGCUCUUAGUGAGGGCCAUUAUCGCUAUAUUUGGUGGUUCCCUGUGCACUGAAUGUUAACGUUUGUUUUACUUCAGGAAUGUGUUGUGUGGAUUCUUCAGAAAAAAAUGUACAGAUUUGGCAUUUUUUACUUUAACAUUUUGGAGGUUUACUGUCCUUGUAAUCAAGCAAAGUUAAAAAGAAAAGAAAAGUGUUCUGGUGACUUCCCCAAAGCUCUUUGUGCUUUAUCUUGAAACUAAUACAAGGUCUCCUUUCUCAAGGGAGGUUGAGUCUCCCUUUUGACGAAUCCCCUCAUUUUAUAAAAGUUUCCUCCUUUGAAAACAAACAUGUUGAACUCUCUUGGCAAUUUUCCAGUUGCAUGUAUGUUGAACUACACAGCAAGGGAUGGUUCCAAGAACAAAAUCUGUGCCAAGCCAAUUUGUCACAUUUCUGGGUGGGUUUUUAAAGACAAAACCACAUAUAGCCUUAAAUAUCUGCACAGAUUGUUGAUGUAAAAAUUAAGUAAAAAACACUUACAGGUGAUCCAAGUUGUGACUGCUUAUGAGUUCAUUGGAGCUCAUCUGCCUGUCUGCGUUUUAUUGUUUUUAAAAAGUAAUUCUGGCUGCCGAAGAGUGGCUAGCUGAACCCAUCAUUCCCAGCAGGAGUACAUUGAUUUCAACAUGCAUAACAGCAGGAGCCUGCACACUAGUUAGCCACUCUCAGCCCGCUGAAAUUAAUUUUUAAAAAAGACAGAUGGGCAGCCCUCAAACCAUCUCAUACGCAAAUCUGUAAGAGAGGAGGAAUCCGGCAAUGCUCAGAUUCCAGAUCAAACCCCCACUCCAGUCCCUGCAGUGGUCCAGGCACAUUGGAUCAGAUGUGUCUGCUUUGGAAUCGCAGCUUGUUGGAUUCCUCUCCAUCCUUAUAGACAGCAGUGGGGUCACUGUCCCCAGUUGGUAAAACCACACAUCUGUUA